GUUACCUUAGUGUCGGAACACGAGCCUCGAAUUUCGAUUCUUUAUCGUAUUUUCCGCUGAGCCUAGUUGAAAAGGGCAGCUGAAUUCUAUAAGGUAUUGUUUUCGCAGGGCCAAUUAUAUUGCCUACCUUACUCCAGCUUGGACUUCGGUGUUGAACGUCAGCCCGUGAAUCGUUGUACCGUUCGAUUAUUCCGGGUACCGGCCGAUACAGCCCCCGUAUGCUCAGCUUCGGUGAACAGCCGCUCUCAAUAGAUCGCCAUGCUUAGUCGCACAAUAUUCCGUGCUGGUCGUAGUACCACAAUCUUUAGGACUCGACAUCAGGCUAAUUUUGCGCGACAAUAUUCUGCUGUGAGCAAUGAAGGAUUAUCGUCUCUGCCUUUGGCGGGUUACCGUGUCCUGGACAUGACCAGGGUUCUAGCCGGCGUAUGUACUUGUAGCGAGUGAUCUUCUUGACCCCAGCCAUGUGCCACAAUCGCUUACAUCGUCCUUAUCAUAGCCAUACUGCACACAGAUUCUUGGCGACCUUGGGUAUAAACGAUACGUUCCUUUUUCAUGACGCAAGGGAGCAUCCUGAGCUAAUAUUGUACCGAAUGCAAGCGCAGAAGUUAUCAAAAUCGAACAUCCAACACGCGGCGAUGAUACGCGCGCCUGGGGUCCGCCCUAUGCAACGUACCGAGAAGGGUCUGACCUAGAAGGUCCGGGAGAGUCAGCAUACUUUAUGACAGUUAAUCGUAACAAAAAGUCGUUGGGCUUAUCGUUCCAACAUGCCGAGGGUGUAGAAAUCCUCCACAAGCUGGCAGCGAAAUGCGACAUUCUUGUAGAAAACUAUCUCCCAGGUACUUUGAAGAAGUAUAACAUGGAUUUUGAGACACUGUAUAAAAUCAAUCCGGGUUUGAUUUACGCCUCGAUCACGGGAUAUGGCCAAACAGGACCUUAUUCGCAACGAGCCGGGUAUGAUGUUAUGGUUGAGGCUGAGUUCGGAUUGAUGCACAUCACUGGUGACCGAAAUGGUCCACCUGUAAAGGUUGGUGUGGCUGUCACGGACCUAACCACGGGGCUUUACACGAGCAACAGCAUCAUGGCUGCUCUUCUAGCACGUGCCAAGACGGGCCGCGGCCAACAUAUUGACGUUGCUUUAAGCGACUGUCAAACCGCCACCCUUGCUAAUAUCGCAAGUAGCUGUCUUAUCAGUGGGAAGAAGGAUACUGGCCGGUGGGGGACAGCUCAUCCAUCGAUAGUCCCGUAUAAAUCUUUCGAAACCAAAGACGGGGAUGUCUUAUUCGGCGCCGGAAAUGAUCGAUUAUUCGGUAUCUUGUGUGAUGGUCUGGGCCGACCGGAAUGGAAGACCGAUUCUAGGUAUAGCAUCAACUCACAACGAGUAGCCAAUCGGGAAGAGCUAGAGUUCGAAAUCGAAAAGAUUAGCACCCAGAAAACGACGCAAGAGUGGCUAGAAGUUUUCGAAGGAAAAGGCAUGCCAUAUGCAGCAAUCAACGACGUUCAAACAACACUGAACCACAAGCACACCUUAGCAAGAAAUAUGGUGGUAGAAGUAGAGCACGAACAAUGUGGACCGGUCAAAUUGGUCAACACACCUGUUAAGUAUAGCGAAAGCCAACCUGGUGUUCGAACCGCACCACCAACUCUAGGUCAGCACACCGACGAAGUUCUUGGGGAUAUUCUUGGCCUGGAGGCAAGUGAGGUAGCGGCGUUGAAGGAGAAAGGAGCAGUAAGGUAAAACUCCACCAAAUAAGAUAGUACAGAGAUGCAAAAGAAAUCAUUAAAUUCCAUUCAACAGGCCAUAUAAAACAAAUUAACA